AGCGAGAGAGAGAGAAGCACAGUGCUCGGCCGCUCCUGCAGUUAGCACGCGCGCGACGGUGGCGUAGGAACGUACGCGAGAGCGAGAAAUCUUGGAGCAUCUCACACAUCCACACACGCAGUUUGGGAUGCUGACGAGGCCAGCAGAGCGGCUACGGGGCCAGCAGCAGCAGCAGCAACAGAGCAGCAUCAGCGAGACGACGAUCAUCGCGAGACGCCAUCAGCGGUGAUCGCACACGACUCGGAGCCAGCAGCAGCAGUCGCAUAAAUAGCCGCUAGCGCCCGUCUCACUCUCUCGCCCGCUCGCUCGCUUUCUCUCUCUCUCUCAUUCUGGCUGCGCGUGUGUAGAUCUGUGUCCGUGUGUAUGACUGUGCUCUGUGCUGCGAUAUAUAGAAUAUACAUACAGAAGAAGAGAGUGAGAGAGACUCGCGUUCCGUCCGCGCGCGCUCUGUUUUUACACGCUGCUUUUUCUCUCGCCUCUCGCCGUCCAGCGGAUCGUAGAAGUGAGAGAGAGAGAGAGAGAGAGGGAGAGAGAGAGAGAGAGAGAAAGAGCUGCUGGCGCAAGCAGCUGUACAGACCAGGAGCUUGGUCCGCAGCCGAACGAGACGAGACAGACCCCGAGGACUCCGACAAAUGUUUAAAUGGACGCAUCGUCCAUUAUCACCCAAGUGUCGCGCGAUGACGAGCUAGGACAGUUCAACAACGAGAAAGCACAACUACCAAGAGAGAAUGAGACAAGCAUUAACAGUCCGACCCCGAGCGAGAAGAAGCCUCGCGGUCGGGGUUUGUUGCGCUCAUUGCUGUGUUGCCUGGGCCGUGGCCGGGGCAGCAGCUCCAAAAGCUCCAAGGCCAGUUCUCUCCAAGGCGACGGCCGGGGCUCACCGCCUCCUAGCACCGGCUCGCCUCGAUUCCUGCUCCCUCCGGUGCGAAACCAGGACUUGCAUAAAAAGUGCAUGGUGAUCGACCUGGACGAAACCCUGGUGCACAGCUCGUUCAAACCCAUCAACAACGCCGACUUUGUCGUACCUGUCGAGAUUGACGGCACGGUGCAUCAAGUUUACGUUCUCAAGAGGCCUUACGUUGACGAAUUUCUCCAGAGGAUGGGCGAGCUCUAUGAGUGCGUUCUGUUUACUGCGAGUCUAGCCAAGUAUGCUGAUCCAGUGGCAGACCUACUCGAUAAAUGGGGAGUCUUCAGAGCAAGAUUAUUCCGUGAAUCUUGCGUUUUUCACAGAGGCAAUUACGUUAAAGAUUUAAACAAAUUAGGCCGGGAUUUGCAACAAAUUAUUAUUGUUGAUAAUAGUCCUGCUAGUUACAUUUUUCAUCCAGAUAAUGCGGUACCAGUAGCUUCGUGGUUCGACGACAUGACAGAUUCGGAGCUGCUAGACCUGAUACCAUUCUUUGAAAAGCUAAGCAACGUAGACAACAUCUACACAGUGUUGUGCAACAGCAAUCACCCUUACAAUCAAGUGCCCACAUCAGUAAAGAACAACCAUAGCCCUGGAUCAGGCUCGAUGGGUGCUUCCUAGCCCCACCAGAAUUCUGGCCAGCAUCCGGUCAGUCUUAUCAAUUCGCAGUGCGCGUUCAGAAGGGUCAUCGCGAGCCUCUACGAGAUUGCUCAAAGCUACUCUUUGUUCGCCAGGCGACGAAGUACUACAUCCUCAUAAGGUUAUGAAUCUUUGGGCCGAUUCAACGAAACAAAAAGCAACAUAUAUUGAAUACAGACAAAAUGCACCGACUUCGACCAAAAGUUUCCGGGUGGGGGAUGCAAAUCCUGUAAUACCCGACUUUAUUGACGAGCUUGACCUUCAAAUUUUGCAUUUCCCUCGAGUGUAUGACGUUGUUUAGCCGCUGAGAAACUUGCUAGUGGUUGUUUUGUUUUCAAAGAUGCUUGCUGUUUGAUUUUGAAAAAAAAAAUGUAUUUGCUUUACUUUAAAUAUUAUACAUAACUUACUUUUACUUAUGUAAACUGUUCUAAAGCGAGCAUUCUUUGCAGAAAACAGAAGAAUCAUAACAAAGUUUUUAUACAUAGUUAUUAGUUUUUUAAAGUUACGCAAAACAACAACAUAAGUAUCGUAAGAACAGCAAUUCUCUGAACGAAUUGCAAAAAUCGAAGUGCGGUUAACAUGCGUCACGAAAACUGUCUUCGGGGAGGCCUCUUAAUCUUCGAUCACAGUGGUGUUAUUAAUUUAAAUCUGUGUGACUUUGUUCUCAUCCCCGAGACAAGGAAAGGUGAAAGUAGUGUUUAGUACCGAUAUGACUCCAAAGUGUAAGUUAAAAGACACCUCGAUCGGAUCGACUGGUGUAAUUAACUGAAACUUAUGCGACGAACUUAAUAAUCAGAGAUUUAAAUAUCAACCGGGUUUCGGAAGAAACUAACUAACGAUUAACAUGAUUUCGGUCGGGUAAACUUGAUCGAACUUCCAGAAAGCAGAAUCAUUUCGAAAUAGGUAAUAGCGAAAAAUUCUUACAAGCAGUUACGUAAAGAUAUAAAAAUCGCAAUAACAUGAAUUUCAGUGAUCACUUUCAUUGAAAUAAUUCUUAAAGAGUACUUUAUUUUUAUUAAUAUUAUGAUUGAUGAUGGAAUUUUGAGCAAAUUGUUAUGAAUGUGUAUGAUAAGUUCAAACAAAAAUAAAGCAAACAAGGUGCGCGUAUCACGACAGGAACCUUGUUUUAUUAGAAUUUAAUAUUAAUUUAGAAUGUAAAUUAUCAACGUUUUUAAUAUCAUAAAAGUAUAGCAGGAGUGUAUUUCUAUAUUACACAUAUAUUUACUUGUUGCUGGAAAUGCUUCUGACUGGCUUCUGAUUAUUUCAAAGUAUCAAUCAUAGUUACUUCUUUUUUGGGUACAUAAAUAUUAUGCCAAGAGCAAUUAAUUACUUAAACAUUUUACAUUUAAAGAUGUUAUGGGGAAAUUGCAUUUUACUAUCUACCUUGAAAAUAUUGAUUGAUAAAUAAGUACAUCAACUGUGGCAAAAAAGUAAUUUGUUUCUCAUAUGACGUAUAACAGCUUGAUCGUCUAAAAUCUGAAGCUACUUGUAAUUCAAGUUUUAUUACUGCCAAAAAUUAAAUUAAUAGUAAUAAUUAACGUCAAUAAUCGUACAAUAUUGCUGAAAGCUAAAACAAUCAAAUGACAGAGUAUGUGUACUUUAUGCAAGAUUUUUAAACUUAAUGCAGCAAAUAAUAAGUAGUUCAUUAUGAUACAUGUGACUCUAAUGGUUCUUUUAUACUUAGCGCCGUGUAAAACUAAACCAUUUGAGUCACAAGUGUCGUAUAAAAUAUUAAGAGUUUGUAUCUGUAUAAGUAGGUAGUCAGCCAAUCCACUACCUAUGCAAAUAAAUGCAGUGUAAUUAAAAAAAAAUCUUACAUUAAACUUUCAUAUUGAUAGAAUUCUGUAUUAUAUUUACUUUAAAGGAUUAGUAGCGCGAUUGUUAAUAUUAAUUUAAUAACUGCUUUUUAACUAAACUAUGAUCAAGUAUACUAAUAACAUAUAUAUAGCUUUGUCACGAACAGGUGCACUUUUCUACUAUAAUACAUUUGAUCUUAAUAAUACGUAAAAAACUAAAUAAAAAAUGCAAAGACUUUCUAACGCUUUUGUUAGAAAUAAUACCGUGUAUUGAAAAAAUCUAUGUGCCUUUCACGAAAGUCGGCGCUUUUGCCAAAUUUUAUUUUACUAUUUGUACUAAUCGAUUAUUCGUACUUUCGGCAUACCUAUAAAGAAAAAAACUGCAAUCCGUCAAAGUGAUACCCGUAAGCUUGCAUGUUUCUGUUGCUUGCCUUUUUGUUAGCGUAACUGAAGGCAGAUUUUUCUUAAUUGUUAAACUUACGCUAUAGUGCAAAAAACGACUAUUUCUAGCAACAAGUGAUCUAUCACAAAAUAAUACUCCUGCAAUGUUUUUAUGCGCUGAUUAUACACAAAAAAAAGUAUUCAAAGCUUAUAGCCUGGCGUCGAUAAUCUUACAUACGUUGUCGCUUGGACUUGGCAAACACGAUGCGACGCCUUGUUUGUCGAUUGGUUGGAGUGAGAGAAAGUGCGAACGAGAAUAGGUGCGAGAGAAUUACAAUUGUUAUUAUUCCCUUUAAAUGUACCGUAUAUGCGUAGUGCGAUGAUGCGAUUUGCUCGAAAUCACGACAUUACUAGCGACGCUAUUAUGCACCUGGUGGAGAUUUGUAGCGAUAAAGAUUAACAUAGGAGCGAGACGAGAGACACGUAAAUCGAAUAAAAACCCUGAUUGUCGUUGUUUUCAUAUUUUAGCAGAGUUGAUGUAUGAGAAAAAUCGAGCAGAUUUUAUUUGUCGCAUAAUAUAUAUUGGGUAACUAGUAUCAUAAAUUAAAGUUACUGUUACUGAUAUGUAAAUUCGAAAUGCUGAUAUCGGAUAACGUGCAAUUUUUGCUCAAUUUUAUCGAGCGUAAAAUUUUAUUUUACUUGGAAAUUUUGGGGUGCAGUAAAUUUUCAACUAUUUAAAGAACAAAUAUGCUCAGAAGUUAAUUGUUCUAAAAUGUCAUGAAAUAAUGAAUUAAUAUUGUGCAUAAUUGCAUUACGUAUAUAGAGAGGAUGUUUUCAGCAUAUUUCUCAGCACUAUUAUUUUAUACUAGUUUUUAAAUUUAAGAUCAAAUCUUAUUACAAAAUAAAAAUUUAUCAGUAAGACAAUGCCUAGAUAAGAAGCCCUAUUCGUUUACGCAAUACAAAUAUGUUUUAAGAUUUCCCAUUUGAUCUUAACUUUUUAUGGUGUAUGUUUUUUAUGUAGAAGUUUAAGAAAUGUCUGUAACCCAAACAUGUUUUAGUGUUUUACGAUAAUUAAUAUUUUUUUUCGUCUGCUAUUACACUUUAUAUUCAUCACUCGAACGGAAUAUUUUUAACUGUAAUAUAUAUAUAGCGUGUAAAUGCUGAAAUUGCUCAUUUGUAUCGAUAUUAGUUGCCGAAACUGCUCGAUUUUCUUCAGACCGACUUGAAUAAACUUGAAUGGUACGAAUCCUAAAUGCUUUUAUAUAUGCAUUAAAAUAUCGCCACAUCGAGAGCGAACCAUUUCUCUGAUCUUGGUUUUCGCUUACGAGAAUGUGUCGACCAAGUUCCAUGUUAAUGAUUAUCGACGCUCAAGCUGUAAAAACGAUAUUUUAAGAAAGAGAGGGAGACAGACAGAGGAAAAAGAAAGCUUGAGUAGCACAAAGCGUCGAACAAGACUUUGCUAAAUUUCGCGAUCGUACUUUAGAAACGUUUGUGUGGACAGCAGCAACAUUUAUGCAACGUUUUUAAAACAUUUAUAUAUCUCCAUACAUGCGACAGUUCUUAAUCAUAAAAAUGAAGCAUUUCUAUUCAAACGAAAAAGCGAUAAAUUUAGCAAAUUUCAACGACGUAUUCCCGCAACGUUAUUGAAACACUUCAUGCAAACUUUUUUACGCAAUGAUCUUGUCGUUUCAGCAAUGUUUUCAAGACGUUGUGUGCUAUCGAGGAAAUAAAUAGAGCAUUAUAGCGGUACUGCCGUUCGCGCAACGGUGCUUUUAUAAACAUAUACGAUGGAGAGUUAAAGAAAAAUAAAAUAAAAGAAAAUCGAAACUUUUUUAUAAAGCGCAGCCAACUGAAUCAUUGAAAGAGCGAGAGAGUAAAAGUGAGCGAGCGAGAGAGUGAAGGUAAGCUUGGAAAAAGUGAGAGUGAACGAGCGAGCUUGACGAGUUACAGAUAAAUUCGCUGAAAUGCCAAGAUCGCACUAAAGAGGAUAUUGUAUAAUAAUAUACUGAACAAAUGUAAUAACGUCACAAGAGAGAAAAAACAGCAAGAAUCUAAGCUGCAGAUAAUGGUUUUCUUUUAAAAACGAAACAAUUGAAUUUAGUGUAUGGAAGGCACGCGAAAGCGUCAAUAGGAUGUUUACACUAAUAUUAACACAUAGCACGCCCACAAUUGCGCAGGCACACUCGCGAUAAGAAAUCGGUAUAACAAUUAUAAUUAUAUUGCCUUGAUUUUUGUAAAUAAACAGAAAUGCUAUCGAUACUAGCGUUGACGAAUAAUGAAAAAAGGAGGAAUGAAAAAAUGUAACGGAAUUUUGUGCAAGAUGUCAAUGACAUGCAAAACAAAUCCUCUUCACGGUUUACAGCGUGUGCCACUAAAAUUUGAAGAAUAUAAUUAAAUUAAUCGGUGCGACUCGCGUCUGCGGCUUAUAUGAGAGAUCUUUCGUACGUUUUUUACAUACGAAUCUGAUAAUGAUUUUUUUAACUUGAGUCUUUUUGUAUAAUAUAAAAUAAAUCGAAAAAUAAUUAACUGCGUAACGCAAAACAAUAGAUAAAUCAUAGGACAAAGACGACGAUGAAAAAAAGCUGUAUAAAAUAUUGAUUGAAAAAAUACGAGUGAAAAUGCUAAUAAAAAAGAGCCGCGUGUUGAGAGUGAGAGUGUGAAAGCGAAACAGAAUGAGAGAAAGAACGCGUCAAUAACAUCUCCCGCCCCUCCGAUUGUCCAGUUUGCUCUGUGAUUCUGUGUUUAAUAAAAUAUAUAUAUAUAUGUUUGAUAA